UUUAUCAGCGAAAUUGUUUAGAAAAUGGUAGUGUCAAGGUAUUCUUAAUAAUUGUAACAUCUUUUCUAAGAAAAAUAUUAAUGUAUUUAAGUGCAUGACGAAGGAAAUUAAGAGCUUGAUGGACUCGAACCAAAUACAGUAGAAAGAAAGUAGGUGCAAUGUAAAAGUGCUCUACAUACGUGCACUAUUUACGCCUUUACAUACUUAUUAGGUCAUCCUGAGAAAUUUAAUAAUUUUGACUGCAGAAGUUCUUUAGUGACGGAAAAUGAUUGGAAGAUUUAUAAUGUAGUGCUAUAACAAAAUAGUUCAGUUUAUAACAAAUUAAACCAGCACUUCGCGCUCCCCCGAUAUUAGUCAGCCACUUAUUAUAAUUGGACAUCUCAAGAAUGUCUGGAGAUGUUUAAAAACCCAUACUUUGGACAUUCCGCCAAUCUGAUUGUGUGCGUUUGUUCUCAGUUAUGAUGUUGCAAGGAGGUUAAUGGUCAAGGAUUAAACGUAAUGACAAGUCAAAAUAUACAUACAACAUCCCUAACGCAGAGAUAUCAACCUGUUGCUGUUGUCGGUCCUUAUCAAGAGCCCUCAACGCAGUGGUCCCCUUUAAAUGCGACUGCCGGACCACCACCUAUUGUACCUGCACGUGGGAUUAAAAGGAAUACCCCUAGUGACUGCACUCAUUUACAUGAUAAUAGUUCAAGACUUAUACCGGAUGGUUGGGUUAAUUCCACCUCUGAUCAAGUACGACAUCCGAAUAGCAACUUUAUACAUGAGUGUACCCUAUUCUUAAGACCCCAAAACAAUAUGAAUAUAAGUGCGGAGGGAAAUGUAAAGAAUAAUUUAGGUAACAAUGCACACGAUGUUAACGUAAACAGAGUACAAAGCCCCAUUAACCGAAUAGAUUUAAAAUGGAACCAAAUGCCGUGGUUUCACGGGAAAAUAUCUCGCGAACAAGCGGAGCAGUUAUUACAACCGAGAACGGAUGGUUUGUUUCUUGUCAGAGAGAGCACCAAUUUUCCCGGUGACUAUACGUUAUGCGUUUGUUUUCAAAACAAAGUAGAGCAUUAUAGAGUUAAAUAUCAUGACAGAAAUCUUACGAUCGAUGACGAGGAAUUCUUCGAAGAUUUAGAAAAGCUAAUCGAACAUUACGAGAUAGACGCAGACGGUUUAUGUACAAAAUUGGUGAAAUGUUUACCGAAGGAGACGAAUUUCAAAAGUCCGCCCAUGGAGAUUGUUCCUGAUUCGCACGAUAAUGAUUUAUUUGUUAUAUCGGAGAAUGAGCUUGAGAUUUGUGAGCCUAUUGGAAAAGGUGAAUUCGGUGAAGUAAUGUUGGGUAAAUGGAAGAAACAGCGGGUGGCGGUUAAAGUGUUGAAAGAUUCGAGUGAGGCCGAAGCGAUUCUUAUGAAAUCUCUACACCACGAAAAUUUGGUGAAUUUAUUAGGCGUCGUACGGAGAAAAGAUCAGGUUCUACUGGUAACGGAAUAUAUGAGUAAGGGUAGUCUAGUCGAUUACUUAAGAUCCCGAGGCCGAUUGCACGUGACGAAACGGGAUCAAAUUAACUUCGCGUUCGACACUAGCGCCGGUAUGGAAUAUUUGGAAAGAAUGCACGUGGUGCAUAGAGACUUGGCGGCUCGUAACGUGCUCAUUGCCGAAAAUGGCAUCGCGAAGGUGUCAGAUUUCGGCUUGGCGAGAAAUGAAAAAAAUACGUCGUUGGAAUCGGCUAAGUUACCAAUCAAGUGGACCGCACCGGAAGCGCUAAAAUUAAAUAAAUUUUCAAAUAAGUCUGAUAUGUGGAGUUUCGGAAUUUUACUGUGGGAAAUUUAUUCCUUUGGUCGAGUUCCCUAUCCCAGAAUACCGCUGGCCGAUGUUGUGAAGCACGUCGAGAAGGGUUACAAGAUGGAAGCGCCGGAAGGUUGUCCUCCUGAAGUUUAUGAAAUUAUGCGACAGGCGUGGGAUCUAAAUCCGGAUAAUCGGCCCACUUUCAGGGAUGUCAAAGUAAAAUUGCAGACAUUAAAACAAAUGACGGCGUUGUGAAACCAAGUGUAAUGCAGUGUGUAAUUAGGUAUUGACUGUUUCGAAUGAAUAUUGUGUGAAGUGAAAUGCACAUAAUGUAAUUAUUGUUUAUCUUCCAAUCACAAUUAGGUUUAAACUUGUGUACAUGUCUUCAUGUAUUCAUCAUUUUAAGUCGGAGCUGGGUAAUGCUCGCUCAAAAAAGCGCUCCAAGCGGAAAAAGCCGCAUUUUUGAGACAAUUAGAGCUCUCAUCGCUCGAGCGGUUUUUUUAGAACGCUCGUCCUAGCUCUGUUUUAAGUUAUACAUUGUUAUCGUCUCGUGCUUGUAGGACGUCAUCAGAUCUAACGAAAUUGUAGUACAAUUUGUUUCACCCCUUCCCCCAAUGUAAGGUGCGGUGUGGUUUUUAAUUAUUAAACUAAUUUGAUUUCAUUUGAAGGUGUUGUUAAAAGAUGUACUUAAAACAAAUUAGGGAAUGUAGUUUAAAAAUGCACAUUUUUUAAAAAGUUCAUAGCUAGUAAUAUUUAUAUGUGAUAGAGAACUAUGCUCGUCAUUUGCAAUUGAAAACGUUGCGCAAAAACCGUAACCGAUCAGUUGUGAAUCUAAU